AUGCCCAGCGUAGACACUUCAAUCCAUUCCGCCCCCAGCGGUGCCGCCGCAAAGUUGGCGGCUCUCCACGAGAACGAGCAGCCCCUCAAAUUAUACGGAGGAUGGUUCUGUCCUUUUGUACAACGGGCUUGGAUCACCCUGGAGGAAAAAAAGAUUCCCCAUCAGUAUGUGGAAAUCAAUCCGUACAAAAAAGAGCCGGCAUUUCUCAAGAUGAAUCCUCGCGGUCUGGUGCCUACUCUCGGCGUGCCCAUCAAUACCACCGGAUCGGAACAGAAACCUCUAUAUGAAAGCUCUGUCAUUAUGGAGUAUCUGGAGGAUGCAUACGCAGAUGAGUCCAAGUACGGCCCUCAUCUGCUGCCGUCAGAUCCAUACCAGAAAGCCAGGGCUCGGCUGUGGAUGGACCACAUCAGCACUAGAAUCAUCCCAGCGUUCUACAAGUUUCUGCAGCACACACCGGACAAAAGCUUCACCAUUGAUCAAGCACGAGAAGAGCUUCACGGCCAUAUCAAGACGCUCGUGGCGCAGAUGGAUGCCGAGGGCCCAUGGUUCUUGGGGAAGAAUAUCAGCUUGGUGGACAUAAGCCUGGCGCCUUGGGCGAAGCGGCUGUUCUUGUUGGACCACUAUAAGCCGGGAGGGCUUCAAAUACCGCAAGAAGGAGGUGAAGACAAUGCGUGGACGAGAUGGAACUUGUGGAUGAAGGCUGUGGAAAACCAUCCGAGUGUGAAGAACACUUGGAGUGACGAUGACAAGUACAUUGAGGUUUAUAAGAGAUAUGCGGAGGAUACAACAAACUCGCAGGUGGGACAAGCGACAAGAGCGGGUAGCAAGCUUCCGUGA